AUUGGAGCAGGCAGGCGUGCAAACCUGCACCCUGUAGCCCCCAGCCAGGAAUCAGGAGGCAGCCACCUGGAAGCUCACGGGGCCUGCAGCGGGGCGAGGGGCGCUCGGGGCGUUGGCACGAGCGCGCGCGCCUGCGUCGCCUUCUCGGAUGCGGCGAGGACGACUCUGUGUCGCGACCUGAGCCAUUCAACAGCUGGCCUCGCCCGCGGCGGUGGAAGAGAGCGACCAGGAGGGUUGAUCCUUGACACUGCGGCGGCUGGAGGGAGGCGGCGGCAGGAGCGGUAGCGGUUCCGCUACCCCAGCGGAGCUAAGCGUGAAGGCAACAGACCCAAGUUUACUGGAUCCAUGUGUCAUCAGAAGAAAUGUGUCCCUUGCUUAGGAUGCCACAGCACAGUGCUCGCCAUGAAGAGUUCCCAUGAAUCGUGGCCUUUGUGAUAUUUUCUUCUUUGACACAUUUUCUGCAUAAGGUGGUGUGAGGACACCAUGACAGUCACAGUGGUUUAUGAUAACUCUGAGGCAACAGAGCUCUGUGCUGCUCAGCACCUCUACCUCAAGCCUAUAGCAAAAUUAAUGAUCAACGUGUUGCUCCCAGAAUGUAUAGAACCUGUGAGGCCCUUCUCUAACUGGGAAGUUCUUGACCAACUGAAAAGUCUGAUUUGCCCUGACCAGUUUACCACAGUGCGCCUCUCCAAGAGUACGAAAGACUUCAUCCGAUUUGAGGGUGAGGCUGAAACACGAAGUUUGGUUCAGAUCCUGAAAGCCAAGUUACAUGGGAAGAUCAUCAAGCUUAAUGGUUUGAAAACUGACUUAAAAGUAGUAGCGACAGAUGCCCAGGGAGAGUGGGAACACUUCCCAAAAGAGAAAGAGGCCUCAGUGAUUGAGGGAGCUGAAGAACAAGACCAUGAUAAGGGCCCUGAUUCUAUCUACUUUGAAGGCUUGCCCUGUAAGUGGUUUGCACCUAAAGGCUCCAGUGGAGAGAAGCCCUGUGAGGAGAUCCUCCGAGUAGUCUUUGAGAGUUUUGGGAAGAUCAAGAAUGUGGAUAUCCCCAUGCUUGACCCCUACCGAGAAGUGAUGACAGGUGGGAGCUUUGGGGGUUUGAACUUUGGCUUGCAAACAUUCGAAGCCUUUAUACAAUACCAGGAGUCAACUGACUUUAUAAAAGCCAUGGAAUCCCUUCGAGGAAUGAAGCUGAUGCUUAAAGGAGACGAUGGCAAAGCUCUGGCAUGUAAUAUUAAGGUUAUGUUUGAUACCACCAAACAUUUCAGUGAAGGAGCUAUACAGAGGAGGAAUCAGGAAAGGCUAAAAUUACAGGAGCUGGAAGAAGAGAGGAAAAAAGAAAAGAAGAGAGAAGAGGAAGUAGCUGAAAGAAAAAGAAAAGAUGAAGUAAGGAAAGCCCAAGAAAAGAGAAAGAAGGCCAGGGACAGGAGGCGAGCCCUGAAGGAAAGAGACAGACACCGUCAAAGAAAGGAAAAAGUGAAAACCAAGCCUGAGGCCCGUCAGGAGCUGGACUCUUCGGGAGAGUGGGAGGAGCGGAAGUACUUGCUGGCUCGGAGGCGGGUUGAAGCUCUUCGGUUACUCCGGGUACUCCUGAAGAAAAUUGCAGUUUGGAUGAGAAAAGAGAAGAACCUCAAGCCUUGUCAAACACACAUUAGCCUUCUCUUGAACUGUCUGGGAUCCACACAGUGUAAUCCACAGGAAGUUGGUGUUAUGAAGUCCGAAGCUCAUCAUACCCCAGGGACUGCAUUGAAAUCACCCGAGGAAGAAGAAUUAAACACUCGGCAUCUUCUAGAUUGGGAAGAAAUGCCAAGCUACCAGGCUUCCACACUUGAUCUUAGUCAAAAGGCAGAGAAGCGAUGCUAUCAGGCUUCCAAGUCUGACAAUAAACAAAAACAAAAAGGGAAGAAAAAAACUAAGGCUCAGUUACAGAAAUCUUCACACACUCCUGGGGUGAAACAAAUGAGACACUCAGCUAGAAAAGAAGAAACUGGAAAAGUGUUAAGUGAUGGGUGUGAUUACAGUUUGGUCUCUGACCAGAAUUCUUUACAGAGUACAAUGAUUGCAGAUCAGUCCCUUGCAAAGGAAGACCACGCCAGUUCUAAUGAAUCCCAUUCUUCUAGACAAGCUGUGAUCAACCGUGGCAGGAAACAGAAGAUCUAUGAAACAGAUGAAUUUAUUGACUACCUAUUAAACUAUUAUCAGACUCCAGAGUAUGCCCGAUUCUGUCUUGAAGCAAGUCACCUAACAAGCACAUGUCAGUGGCAGAGAGAUGUCUACGCUAAGGGGGAUGGCUUUCAGAUCUAUUUAAGAAAACAGGGGUACCACUCAAACAGCCUGAGUGAAGAGGAGAGCCUGCAAGGGAUAGAGCAGGACGAAGAGCAGGACUGGCCACAAGUGUAUAUUAAAGAUCCUGAGAGUAAGUCGCAAAAGACAGGCAAGAUCAAUUAUGCCAAAGAAUUUACAAAGAAAUUAAAAAACCAUUGCAAGGACAUAGCAAGUGAAACUGAUGAGCACCUGUCUCCAACUGAUGGAGAGAGCUAUCCUGUGGAAAAGAUUCACAGUCACGGAGUCAAAGAUUCUCAACACAUAAGAAAAAGCCCAGUUUCCUCAUCAUUAAGGUCAGUAGAUGUAGGUUUGCCAUUGGCAGACUUCUUGGAGGAAAUUAGUAGCGAUUCUGAGUGCUUCAGUGAAACUCUUAGCAUGAACCAAGAGGAGGAGGAAAGGUCUAUGGCUGUCUAUAAUAGCUCCCCGGAAAAAAGACCUCUUGGUACUGACAAAAUCAGUACUUGCAAACAGAAAACGAAGUCGAGUCAGCAGACCUUGUGUUCAGAGUGGAAACAUGACAAUGAGGGAAAAUACUCUAAACACAGAGUUAGGGCACCAGGUAAAAGGUCCAAGUCUGAACUGAGAUACUCGUGGCUUGAGGAGGAAGGUGAUUCCAUUAGAGUUGACAAGAACAUAAGCAAAACUAGGGGGAAACUAGCCCCGAAACACAUGCUUGAUGAAGGCCAGUACCAUGAGUCCAGUUCCAGUGAUGAAUUAGAAAGCACCACGAGGAAGAAGAGGAGACUUACUAGCGGUAUGUUUGACCAGAAUGUGAAAUACAGGCCCCUUCAUAUGCCAUCAAUGCCGCCAAAACGGGCUAGAGCAUUCUAUUUGGGAUAUUUCUCCAGGAAAAGGCAGACUCCGUGGAAGUCAGAAUAUAACCAGGAUGUAAGAAGGUUCAAAAGAUAUGAAAAUUCUGAAGAUUACACGCUUGAUUCUGAUAAUUACUAUGUCAGUCACGAUGACAACCAGGAGCACAUUGAGUAUGGAAGCUACUUAGGAGACAGCUACUCUAGUUCUUUGUAUUUUAAAAUGUUCUGACGGCCACUUUGAGCAGGAACACCCUUAUUUACAAGAAACAGUGGACGGGAAGAAAAACUUCAAACCAAAUAUAGCUAUGUUGUUAGCAACCACAGUGCAAGACCUAGAAGAGGGUUCAAGUGCAAAAGCUUGCUCCUCUUGCCAAAGUUCCAAGUGUGGAUCAGAGUAACUGCAGGUAUGUCAGCAAGCUUUGGAAAUAGAAAACCUGUAAAUUCUAAAGCUUGGUGAAACACCGUAAUUACAAAACUUCUUGAUCCAAGGACAGAUUUUACAUUAAGCUUUAAUUUGGUGCCAGUAAAGGAGCAGAUUAGCAUUAAGAUGGCUGACUUAGCCUUCGAUGGCUCUUUUGCUGUCAUAACAUCAUUCAUCAUCUAUCUUCAAAGAGGACAAUAGUGGACAAAUAGGCAUCUUUUGAUGUGUUCGUAGAUUGGGUCAGAAGCACCAUGUAUGGUAACAAACUUUGCUAAAUUUUACUCCAUAAUAAUUUUAGAUAAAGAAGAAAUCCAGAGGUUAGAACAUAUAAUAGAUUUUAUGACUAGAAUUUCAUGAAUAUUCACUGGAAGGAAAUGAAUAUAUUCAUAAUACUCAAAGGGUCAUUUAUGUACUGACAGUUCUAGAAGAAGAAUCUAAAAGGGCUGAUUGCCCUUUGACAGCUAAGUAGCUGGGACUGUUUGGAGUUUUCUUGUUUGUUUUAUGGACCCCAUAUGUUUCCAUCAAAGCACCAGGAUCGAAUUUAUAAAAUCAGGGGGAUUUGCAAAGGAAAUAUCAAAACAUCCUGGCACAUCAAUAAUGGCACUUGGGAAGAAAAGUUGUGACAGUAUUCUAUUUCAGGCUCUGUAAUCCUUUCACUCAGGGUUGGGUGACAUCAGUUUGUAAAAAGUCACUGACUAUCCCCCACACUGACUUUUAUAGAAUAGUAACAAGUGCCUCCUUCGUCCUUAACAAAGUCAUGGUGUUAGAAAGACUUAAGAAAAGUCCACAGUUUUCUAGCUGUGGAAAAAUUGUUUGUGUGUGGAAUUUGUAAGCGAUGUUAAAUAAGUGAUUUAUCUUUUUUGCUGACUCGUUUUGGACUUCUUAAAUGUGUUUUUAAAUUGAGAUAUUUGUAGAUUCCUGAAGACUUACCCCUUAGCACAGUGCAUGCUCUGUAGAAAGCUUGGCCAACUCUUUCUGCCUUACAUUGGAUUCAGGACCUCAGGGCAGUUAGUUGACCUUCAUUUUCCCAACAAAGCUAUACCCGACCUGGCAACUGGCUAUCAGUGAAUUUAGAGACCAUCUGCAACAAGAAUAGUUGUUUCGAAUCCGCAGAAUUGGUGAAGGGUAGCAUUUUCAUGACAAUUUCAGUUCAGUCUCAAUUUGACAUUCUACAGGAAAGCAUCUGCUAGCAGAUGCAGGUAGGAUGUCAGUCUGUGGGGUUACUUACUAUCCUUACUAUCGUGUCACACACUGAGUGCCCCUAAACUGCCUCUUGAGCAGCCUGGUGUCUGCAGUGGUUGUGACUAUGGUGUACCUAAAGGAGAAGCCACAGGUUGUUUCUCUGAUCUGCGUAUUCCUCUUUGAAGAGAGAUUGUUCAGUCACUUCAAAGUUCAGAAAGGAGUGAAACAGAUCCACAUGGAUUACUAAGAAAGAAACAACCUCACUUUGAAGCCAGUGGUUGGUUUCACUAUUAAAACUGGGUUUGACUUACUGAAUCUGAAAGACUGCACAUGUGGUGAGAGUGCCUUUUUUGUUUUGUUUUUGAGGACGAGCAAUGACUAUUCAUGUUCAAAGUAAUGUUGCCCAAAGUAGCCUUUGAAAGCACUAACAGCUCAUAUCUUGUCAGAGAGUUUUCUGGCAACACAUUACUCUCCUCCAAUUAAAAAGCUGCCUCCUUUCCCUCCCCCACAUGUUAUUCUAUUGAAACAAAAAACAUUAUGGGUUUGUAAUAGAAAGCAGCUGACUGUUUUGAAACAAACAAACGAAAAAAAAAACCCACUCAGUUUCUUCCCUCAUUUGAUGUUGUUUCUCGAGAGAUUUUAGGUAUUUUUGCUCGGUAAGAAAAGACAAUAAAAUUGCAGAUCUCAGCAGCAUGUGCAAAGGUUGGGAUUUCUCCCUGUGAUAGACGUGGUGCUAAGUCAUCUUGAUUCAGCACUUUCGCGCUGUUUCUUUGCUAAAUGCUUUCCUGGGGCCUCCAAGUAACAAUACUGCUUUUGCUGAACCCUGGAGUUUUGUACCCGUCUGUGGUAAUGCAUUGUAGAUCCGUGUCAACCCCUUUUUUGCUGUAGGCCUUACCCGAGAAAGGUAGCCGAGUAAGAUAGCUUACUCUGUGCUUGUCACUCGGCGGCUUAGUAAAGAAUGUAACGGGACAAACUGCUAUGACUACUUUUGUUCUUGAUACUGUUGUUAUUUAAGUUGUGAAGUGUGUUUCCUCAUAUCUUCUUUUUGUCCCAUCAAACAAGGGCCUGACGUUGUUUUAUUUAAAGAGGGGUUUCCGUGCGCUUCCCUUGUAUGUGCUGCUAAUCCUGUAAAGGGAAAGUCUGCUAAGUGCUUUGUUCAUUUGUUUGAAUUUCUCAGGUAGAAGGCCAUGUAACCUAGGCAUUUUGAAACCACAACCAAAUCAAUGUGUUUUUGUUGCAAAACUGUUCAAUGUGUGAAUUUUAAAAUAAAUGCUCAUUGAUUCCACUUUGGGAGGAUGUCUCUAUCUGUAGUAGGGUAUGUUACACUAAUGUUGCUCUUUUUGGCUUAUUUGCAUUGUUAGAGAAAUGAUGCAUAAUUUAAUUUUCAUACAUUUAAAAAUAAAAUUGUCAAUAGUGACAA